AUGGCUAAGAAUUCAGCAGGUUCCAGCGAAACAGCUGGGAAUCCCAUAAGAUGCCGAGCGGCUGUGGUUAGGAAAGCAGGGGAGCCGCUGGUGAUAGAGGAAAUUAUUGUGGCCCCUCCAAGAUCUGGUGAAGUUCGAGUCAAAAUUAUAUGUACUUCUCUCUGUCACAGCGAUGUCACUUUCUGGAAAUUGAAGGAUCCUCCUGGUUGUGUUCCAAGAAUUCUGGGGCACGAAGCGGUUGGCAUUGUGGAGAGUGUUGGGGAGGACGUACAAGAAUUUAGUGAAGGCGAUACAGUCAUCCCAAUAUUUUUGCCGGACUGCGCCGAAUGUGCUGAUUGUACGUCAACAAAGAGCAAUUUAUGUUCAAAAUUCCCUUUCAAGGUCUCUCCUUGGUUGCACGGAGAUGGGACUAGCAGAUUUACUGACCUCAAGGGAGAGACGUUAUACCAUUUCAUAUAUGUGUCUAGUUUUAGUGAGUACACAGUUUUAAAUACUGCUAAUGUAACAAAAGUCGAUCCUGCAAUCCCGCCAAACAGAGCAUGCCUCCUCAGUUGUGGAGUGUCAACAGGUGUGGGAGCUGCCUGGAGGACUGCAAAUGUGGAAGCGGGAUCAACGGUUGUGAUCUUCGGGUUGGGAGCUAUAGGAUUAGCAGUUGCAGAGGGAGCCAGGUUAUGUGGUGCUAAAAAAAUCAUUGGCGUGGAUAUAAACCCACAAAAAUUCGAAACAGGUAAAAUAUUUGGAGUAACUGAUUUUGUUGACUCCAUGAACUGUGGGGAUAAAUCUGUACGGCAGGUCAUAAAUGAGAUGACUAAUGGGGGAGCAGACUACUGUUUUGAAUGUGUUGGAAUGGCUUCUUUGGUCGAGGAAGCAUAUGCUUGCUGCCGAAAGGGUUGGGGGAAGACCAUCGUGCUAGGGGUGGACAAACCUGGAGCAGAGCUGAAAUUUAGUUCAUUUGAAGUCCUUCAUUCUGGGAAAACUCUCAUGGGAUCCUUGUUUGGAGGUCUUAAACCAAAAUCCGACAUCUCCACCCUUGUCAAACAUUAUAUGGACAAGAAAUUGCAACUCGACAAGUUCGUAACGCAUGAAGUUGGGUUUGAAGACAUAAACAAAGCUUUUGAUUUACUUUUGGAAGGAAAGAGCCUCAGAUGUGUGAUCUGGAUGGACAAAUGA